CAAGAAUUCAAGCAAAUUCAGCGAGAAUCGCCCUCCACCAUUUGAACAGAUCUGAUUUCUGAGCCAUUUUAAGUGUUUGCUCUUAAAAAUAAAAGAAAUGAGGAAACAAAACGCAAAAUAUGCCUUUUUGGAGAUUUGCCGCAGCUUCUUCUAUGCAUUGGUCUUCGUUGGGCUGUUGUCGUGGUUGACAUUCCUCUCCUUGGAUCACAUUCAAAUCAGGCAAAGAUUGUCUGUGAUUGAUCAUAGAAUAGACAGAUUUGAACGGAAGUUUGAGGAGAUCAUUCCAACGAGACAGUCCAACAAAAGGAGUAAUGGCGCUAAAACUUUGCAUGACAGGGAUAAGAGAGACGUCUUAAGCCUUGAAAGUCUCGAGAAACGACUUAAGGCUCUAGAAUUUAGGGCUGCCAUGAAAAACCAGUCCAUUAGUAGAGACGACGGAAGAUCUCGAAAAUCACAGGGUGGAGGAUGGGAUGAACGGGAUGGCAGAAGUAUUCCCGACGUUUUCCUAAGAUUUCCUGGAACACCAGGGAUGCCAGGACUACCAGGUCGUGACGGGCGAGAUGGCAGACAAGGACCUCCUGGUCCAAAAGGAGAUAAUGGUCCUCAUGGAAAACUUGGGAGGCAAGGAGAUCCGGGACCUAAAGGACAAAAGGGACAAGAAGGGCAGGGGAGGUCUGGAGUCAGUUACGUGCGCUGGGGCCGGACAAGCUGUGAGAGAGAUGCUCAGAUUGUGUAUUCGGGCUUCGUGGGGAGUGGUCACCAAAGUCACACAGGAGGAGAAGUAAAUCAUAUAUGCCUGCCAAACCAACCAAAAUAUGGAAAGUACACCGAUCAUUUUGAAAGGACGGGGGCCAUCUAUGGCACUGAGUAUGAAGUGAGCUCAUUUAAUCCUUUCAAAAGAAAUGUGCAUAAUCACGACGUCCCCUGUGCUGUGUGCUUUAUCGGUUCAAGAGGUACACAACUCAUGAUGCCCGCAAGGGAUGACUGCCCUAAUGGCUGGCACGAAGAGUAUCAUGGUUACCUUAUGACAGCACAUUGGGACGACAAAAAGCCCAGUAAUUUCAUAUGUGUUGAUUCGGAUCCAGAGUCGGUACCAGGAAGUUUUGGCAGUCAUGAUGGUGCAUUGUUGUAUCUGGUGCAAGCUAGUUGUUGGUAUUUCUCAUCGUGUCCGCCCUAUUACCAAGGGCGAGAACUCACAUGCGCAGUCUGCUCAAAAUAACUAUUGGUACGAGAGUUAUUAAUUUGAUAGCUGGGUCGACAAAAACAACGUUUCCAGGAAAAACUUAACUUUUAGGAGGUUAGAAAAAUAAAUCGACAAGAACCAGAUAAAGUAACACUUCCAUAAAACUUAAAAAUUUUCACUUCGUUACCAUAUCUGCGUUUCGUUACAGCGCCUAGGUAGACCGAUCACUUGUUAUGUUCGGUCACAAAAUUUCUGAUGAUUGCUUUUCAAUAAACACAAACAUUACCAAGCUA